CUUUUUUUUGUUUUGACCACUUAUUGGUAUGUUGAUCAGCAAGUUUAUUGUGCUGAAGGAAAGGCUGUGGUUUAUGUCGGUAGACGGUCGGUGGUGUAAUAUCGGCCGCUUCAACCGCCAGCGCAUGGCUUUUAGUAUGUAAAUGCAAUUUAAUUUCUCCUUCACUGGACAGUUCUCAUAAACGGUGUGACAGGGCUUUGCGAGGGAGGUUUUGGUAAUGGGUUCCUCUGUGGUCUAUGUUAUGCCCUAUAGAAAAUCGGUAAGUGAUCGAUUUAAAUCCAGUUUGUUUUCUUGUAAGUCAUGAAAUAGUUAAUAGCGGUGUUGCGAUUGGUAGCGAUUUUCAACUUUGAACUUUCUGUUCUCAGAUAUUGAAAGCCAGACUGGUGCGAUUCACUUGAUACAUGACUUGAUUUCCUCUAUUCGUUGUAAAGGGAUUUAAGUCACGAGUUUAUUACGUCAGGUCGAGGGGAGCCUUUUAACAUAACUGUUGAGUGGAGUGAACAAAUUCAGAAAAUAAUUGGCGAGGAUUUCAUUGCAUUUCAACUUGUCCAUUUAAUUUUUGUUCUGUUCAUGAAAUUGAUUGUGAGCUAAAUUUUGUAAAAACCCAAUUUCAUUCUUGGAGGCCAGCUUUCUGCCUCAUAAAGUCAACUCACAGCGUAAUUAACGUGUUGAUCCUAUCUGUUUUAAGUCUAAACCGCUGCCAAACCGUUACGCAGACUGUGAACUGAUUGAUUAGCAGUGUUAUUACCGGGAAGGUCAGAGCCUUCUUUCAUGAGUUCUGCUAUCUUUUAGUCAUCCACAAGCGAAGUAUCGUGCAUUUAAUAUCGCAUUAUUCUGAUCAAACUACACUGCCAUCAACAAUGCUUCUUGAACUCAAAACUCAUUCGGGUACAGUGUUUCUCCGAGUUUUCCUUUCCAGAGUUCUGCGCGCAUAACUUGGACAGUCCCAGAGGUCCUUUCGUUAUUUUUGUCAACCGCGGUACACACGUUUUAUGGUCAUCAUAAUUUCCUAUAUUUGUUAUCUUGGUGUUUAUUUAUUUUCCGAUUUGCUGAUAUGACGUGCAAAAGAGUAUUAUGUCAGUUGUAUUUGAGAAAGUAAAUGCGCAUUCAGUUCUGCAGAAAAUCGCGAACCAACGAUUCAUACCUGGUUGCAACUUGUUCUUCCAAUUACGGUCAUUUUUUUUUUUGCCCUUCACAGUUCAUUUAGCGCAUGUUUGUCAAUAGCAUUGCUUCGACUUCACCACAUGUGAACUAUUAAAGGUGAAUACAAGUUUAGGUUAAGCCUUUCUGCACUAAUUCUCAUCGAUCUCUUCUGUCACUUUUCACUUUUUUCCAGUCUACCAUUGGAUUGUUUCGCGAGAUAACUUACACACACUCAUCAAUCUUGUCCUUAAAUGGUGAUCAUUUUUGUAGCGAGAUUAUUCCAUGUUACGAUAAUGUUAUAAUCGAUUUUGCCCGAGGAAAUAUUUUGUUUAAUAAACAGAGACUUGACAAAAUAGUUAGUUUUGACUUCGACGGUCGACUUGUGUGUUGCACGCUACAAUAGGCUCGCUGGCCAAUUUCUAUUAUCUUUUUAGGUCUUCAUUAGACGAAAAAGCACAACGUUUUUGGAAAUUAAAAUCUGGGAGGCGAGAUGUUGCGUAGACAAAAGUCGUUGAAAAGAAGUUAUUGUUUUUAAGUGUUUUUUAAUUUUAGAAUCCGGCAGAGCGUUUCGUUCAUUAGAUUAUGAAGUGCGUGCUGGGACGUGUUAGUCAGAGAGCGGUACAAUCUGUGUACGAUAACUUUAUCACAGUUGAGCAUUUGUAGCGUAUAUGCAUACUUUUGGUUCUUUAUGUUAUCAUUUGCUGUUGUCCUGUGAUGGUUCGUGUGUACUUGUGCGGUAUCACAGAAAAAUAGAAGCGCUUUGAUUAAUUAGAACUCGGUCUAAAGACAGCCUGGAAAACUCGGGUCUUUUGAAGUCAAGGUUAAUUAUAACGGUUCUAAUAAUAAAUAGUCUUUUAUUGUAUUGCAUUGUUGCCUGUUUUCAAUGGGAGUGAAUGUUUUUGAAAAUACUUUUGUAUCGCUCAUAUGCCGGGAGAACAGUGCUAUUUAUAGAAAAAAGAUGCAAAAACCUGGUUUGAAAUUGUUUUCUCAUUUUAACUGAUUACUGGCAUUUCGCCUACGAAACUCAUGUGAAAAUUUCCGUAAAGUUGAACUUCUACUACAGAAAAUGAUAUGUAUGUAAUUAAAGGGAGCGAGAGUAAUGAGCAGUGUUUUGGGACAAGAGCUGUUAAGUUGUAGUUCCCGAUCGAUCCGACUGUUACUUUAAAUGUACUUCAAGCUAUAUGUAUGCAAAAGAGAGAAGAGGAAAAUGUGUUCUGUACGUCUCCACUUUGUUUGAAAUUAUUAUGUCCCUCGGGUACUACGCGCGCCGUGAUUGGCCAGUUAAGUGGGCCAUAUUCUGCUCACGGCCUGCUGAAAAUGUGUUUUUUGAUUUAUCGCCAAGGUUCAUAAAAUGUUUUAUUACGUGUACAACAUGCUAUGAAUUAAACGUUUUAGCAAAGAUUUAGAAUUGACUCGUUUUGCUUUUGACAUAUGUCAGUCAUUUGAAGCCGUUUCGCGAGUCUUGAAUUGGCUUCCUGAACCCGUCAGACACACAUACAAUGGAGAUAUAAUAAAUAUGUUAUUAACCUCGCUUUCUCGGUCCGUGCUUUAAUUUAGAUAUCCUCCUUUCUGGUAGUGUUUUCAGUGUACGGUUCAAAGCUAUACUAUAGACUACGAGUAGUCCCUCUUUCUCUUAGUCUUGCGGUCUCGCUCGACGGGCUAAGCGAAAGAGAGCGUCACUACUCGUCGUCAACAGUCGUUUGCUGAGCAAGCGUUCAGUAAAGCGGAUGAAAAGAUCGCAAUCAACGUGAUAACAGGAUUAACACGAAGAUUUAGGAGAUCAGAAGUCUUUUAUCGUGAUAACGAUUACAGAAUACAAUGUGGAUAACUGAAUUUGUCCCACGGUUCCGCAUACAGGUACAAGGAAUAUAAACGAGGUUUGGUCAUAAAUAAGCCCUUCUAAAAUUGUUAGGGGUUUGUUUGUCACGAAUUUCUCUCUUUACUUCCAUUUUUAACCUAAGACUGUUAGUAUUUCCUCUCCGCAACCCUAAAUCGUAAAACGAGGAGCGAAAGACAUGAAAAAAGAAAUAAAUAAAUAUAAACCGGCAAAAAGUGGAGGCGAGGAUCAAUUUGUUGAAUUUUUACCGUGCCUUUUUUUGGGAGUGAGUAAAGGAGGCGCUAAAUCGCUUACCGAAUGUCGGAAAUCCGUUUACGAGGCUGUUAAUGCACGUGCUGGUCAAUUAUGUCUUAUUUGUUAGACUUAAUUCUAGUUCAAAAUUCUUCUUCAUUCUUUUUAACAAAUAUUAACAUAAAGAAGAGCAAAUAUGUACAUUUGCGGUACGUUCGAGUCGAGUCUACAACAAGGAACAUGGAAUCCAUUUGUUGUCGUUAGAGAACUGACCGCAGCGAAUUGCGUCUGAAUUGUUCUCGUGUUUUCCAGAUUAAGAAUCUGGAAUGUUUAUUCAUUCAAGGACGUACGAAUUGUGCGAAUGCCUAUUAUUCCUGGUACGUUUUUUCGUUGAGCCCACUACAAACUAUUUGUUUCGAAAGCGUCAGUUUUUUUAAGUUACCAAAAUUCACUUGAAUUGGCGAAAAACUAGUCCUUUUUUUUUGCUGGGAAAGGAAAUCGGUAAUUGAGAUAAUAACUUCUUUCUCAUGACUUCGAUAUAACGGUUGUCAACCGGGAAGAAGUUUUAAUUGUCUUCGUAAUUUAAAGAAUUGAAGUGUAUUGCUAUUUGUAGACAUUCACGUAUAUUUCUGUAUGUGGGUGGCGGGGUAUUUCCUUCCAACCGGAAAAACGAGGCAGCUAUAUCUGUCAGCACGAGAGACUGAUUUAUAACACCAAAUUAUGACUUGACUUUCGAGAAGCAUCACAUCCAAUUACAAUUUCCCUUUGGAAGUGAAGUGGCCAAAAUUAUCGAGUAUGCUUGAACGUUGGCGAAGAAGAUUAACGCUCACCGCCUUCCACGUUUUUGGAAACUGUCUCUUGGCCGGAGCUUACAUCACCGAUGAAAACAUUCCACAACUUAUUGAAGAAGAUAUUGAAAAGGUUCAACAUGUGGUGGAGUGCGAGAGAAUCUUGUCCAACUUGCUGGAAAAGACACCCGAAACUCAUCGAGAUUACACAGAAUUAGGAAAAGUAGUCUCAAAAUUUAAGCAGAUGGUGAAGGACAGAGAAGAAGAGGUGGUGGAAGCAGAAAAUGAGUGCAAAAUCUACGACAUUCAAGACAGAUUUCCAAGUGACAACUUAUGCCUCUCGGAAAAACAAAACUCUCAUCGAUUUAAGCAAGGAAGCUCCAGAAGACGCUCGGCUCCAACAACAGUGAUAAAAGCAGCCCUAGGUGGAAAAACGCACUCUAUAAAAAGCUCUACAAUAGAUGGCAGUGUGCGAAUGAAGACUUCGUCAGAACCCACUUCCCCACUUGCUCCUGAAGUUUUCCCGUACAGAGCUUUCAUCAAGGAGGGCCAUGUUCAACUCUCCACGGGGAUGUCUUCCCAAGAUAGACAUCUUUUCUUAUUUGAUGAUCUUCUCCUAGUUGCAAAACCAAGAUCGGCGACUUUCAAGCUCAAACACCGAGUCCGAGUUAGUGAGAUCUGGUUGGCUAGUUGCCUUGAUGACGUAUGCGAAUCGACGAAAGCUGUUGACAAGUCGUUUGUGAUUGGCUGGCCGACCACAAACUUUGUCGCCGCUUUCAACACUGCAGAGGAGAAGGAGGCAUGGCAUAGCGUACUGUCCAAGCAACUCAAAGAGCAGAAGGACAUGGAAGACCCAAAGUCUGUUAACCUUAAAGUUUAUAACAGGGAUAUGGAUUCACCUGAUUCUUCAGGCUAUUCCAAGUCUUUCUCUGUCACCAACAUGGACGAUGCCGCUGCCGUCGUUAAAAUGUCGCUGGCGCAGUUUCAGCUUCAGCCUGACGAUCUGUCCGAGUAUCAACUAUGGGUUCUGUCUGGAAAAGAAGACGGCGCUUAUCCAUUGAUAGGUCACGAAUUUCCAUUCGCUAUCAAAAUGAAUCAUAUGCGAGAGGCGGCCUUAACAGAUGAAGAUGGCUUUCCGUUUGACUUUGAUCAACAACUGCCGAUAAUGGAUCCGUUGUCUCCUGAGACACAAUGUCAGUUCAUUCUGAAGAGGAACAGAAAAAUUCCUAACCGAAUAGCCAUUGAUGUACACACUGCUCCCAGCAAACAGCGAUGGAAGAAUCCAAUCAAGAAGUCACCAAUAAUCAAUUGGGCCAUACACAAAAAAACCCAGGGGUCAACUAAAGGACACUCCAUUGAAGUACAGUCUUCAUCACCUGGAAAGCUUUUCGGGAUUCCUCUGACGCAGCUCUGUUCCGAGGAAGAGCCUGUACCAAAAGCAGUGCGGGAACUGUUGUUACAUUUGUUUCGGUACGGCCCCAAUACCACGGGAAUCUUCAGGAAGUCUGCUAAUGCCAGAAUUGCCAAAGAAAUCAAGAUUGAAUUGGAUGAAGGUAAAAUAGUGGACUUCGAAGAUGUGUCAGAGGUCAUAACUGCGUCUGUUUUGAAGGAAUUUCUUCGUCGCUUGCCGGACUGUAUAUUUGAGAGUGAGAAUUACGAAGAUCUCGUCGCCACCAGCAAUAUCGUAGACCAAGACGAACGAGCGAGGCAAAUCAAGGGGAUCUUGAGUGGAAUCAACCGUUAUAAUUACGAACUGUUAAAAUCAUUUUUGUGCGUGUUAUAUUACAUCGCCGACAACGCGGAAACAAACAACAUGAACGCUUACAACUUGGCAGUUUGCGUGGCACCCAGCAUGCUAUGGGCGCCCAAGGGUUCCAGUAUUCCUGCCACGGAACAAUCAAACUCCGUACCCCCGGUGAUACAGUUUAUAAUUGAACGGUGUGUGGAUAUCAUGGGAGAUGAUGUAAGAACAAUUCUUGGCGAUCGUAGCGAGAUCGCUGCUAAUCACGUGGCCAGCGACUCGGAGAGUAGUACCCAGGACUCACGGACUGCUUUGAGUCAGUCCUCUACGGAUGACGGGAUAGAGUCACCCGAACCUUUGAGUCCCAAAGGAGAAAGGACCUCCAUUCACUUAAGCGAUUCGAACUUGUAUGUGACAAGCACGCUUAGUGUUCAUCCUACGAAUAAAAGUGUUAGUACACCAAGUUCGCCGUGUGAUUCAGGGAUUCCGUCACCUAGUUCAUCGCCCCCACUCAAGAGACAUGACGUUGAGUUUUCUAAUAAACUCAGCGCCGCUUUUUAUGAACCUCAUCACAGCAAAGGACAUGCACCCAUCGGUCGACGAAGUUCGGAACCACUCGGCUUACCGCCGGAUUCCAUGAAAUUGCGACUAAAGGGAAAUCGGAAAUCCCCGAACUCUAAGCGACAGUUGAGUAGUACAACGACAAGUGCUGAACUAAUUGAACAUAAACAGGCGCAAAAGACCACGGCAAGUGGUCGGAAACUAGAGACUGCAGUGCUACGACGAGCGCAUUCGCCUCAAACUGUACGGUUAUUUCCUGUCACGCAAAGUGUCACGCAAUACCAGCGUCUUAGCCCUGUACCUAACUAUCCCUCAUCUGUGUCACGUGCUUUAGAAGUCAAACAGUCUGUGGAAACUCAAGGCUUGAGUACUGAAGAUCUUGAUAGCAGUCCGACAUCUCCUGUUCCGCCCAGCUCACCGGUAUCUAAACAACCCCCAGGAGGACCCCGGUCUCCAUCCCCGAGCCCUGAUCAAGUUUUUCAAGCUGUUGACCGCCGGCGCCAGCCUGCGGCGCCGUCAUAUCAAGAACACAUGCAGCGUCGGAGAGAACUGAACUCGAAACCUGCGUUUUUUCCGGGUUUAGAAGGAAAGGAGGUUAAAGAUUUGGACAAUAAUAAGGAACAAGUAUCCCCCAGGGAACUAAAGGAAUUUUUCGAAACUAAGGAGCAUGUGCAACAGCCCCGUUUCCUUGGGAGAUCGGGUGUAUUUCACGAUCGGUUGGAUUCGGAAAGGAGCGAAACUUCUUCGACACCUAAAACGCCUCUGUCUCCGGCAAGCCAGCAGGACUAUGUGUGGGAACAAGUCGAUGAUUCAAGCUGCAGCUCAAUCGCCAGUGCGGGAAUCCGUCGACUGGAACAUUCACCAUUUGGACUCAAUCUUCAUCAUAAGAGGAAUGCUAGUGAAGGGUCUUAUAAAAAACCGCCUACUGAAAACUCCAGGAAAACUGUUGGGCUCCCCACAAGUCACAGCUCUGGACAGUUACGAUCUUCGCCUACUUCUGUUUCGUCUUCUGUUUCUAAUUCCAUUCCGCAUAAUUCUUCUCUCACACAUUUCCCUCACUCCGAGUUCUUUCCGCACGAAGCUCAAACGAAAACACACUGGGGACCUUCGGCUGAUACUCGGGGAACUUCGGUAGUCCCCAAUUCACCGUGCAAUUUCCGAAUUCGGAGAGGCAGCGCGACUUCGUCUUCGUCGUCGGUGUCGAGCUUGGAUGAGCGAUCGAGCGUCGGCGCUGAUUCGACGUUUUCCGAAGGUAAAACGGACGUGACACAAAUUCGCGAUAUUAAGGAACUUCUUAGCGAGAAUGCGCAAGCGAAUGGACUGAAAAUCAGUCCGCAGACGGCGCAAGUAAUCGCUAAGGUACGCACGCCGUACCCUCAGAGCGGGGCGUAUGCUGCCCCGUCCCAUGACGAUAUCGAGAAAAUUCUGUUCACAGAAGAAUCGUACGUCUAGCUUUCCAGUAAUAUUUUGUAUUGUACAAAGAAAACGCUGCCAAGUAUUUAGCUGUAAUUAGUGAUUUAGAGCGUACUUUUUCCGCUUUUCCAAGGCAGUAUUUUAUUUCAAUAUUCCGUAGAAUAAAAAAAUAAAACGCAAAGUUUUAACGUAAGUUGUUGUUAUGGCAAGAAAUGGUUUCUAAAGGGGGAGGAAUAAACUAUUUCAAGCUGU